AUGUCUAACCCUUCAUCUACCCUCAGUGGUAUAUCAUCCAUCAUGUCGAAAAAGAACGAAAUUGUUCUAUUUUCGUCUACGGCUAUUGCCCUCUAUGGCUACGAUCAGGGAAUGAUGUCCCUGGUCAAUACCAACAAAUCAUACCUGCACACCAUGGGGAUAUCAGAAGAAUCGCCUAUUGUGGGAAUAAUUGUGUCGAUAUACUACCUCGGCUGCGCUGUAGGAGCGGUAAUAGCUUCUCGACUCGCGGACAAGAAUGGCCGGAAGCCAUCUAUAUUCAUUUGCCUGGCGACAACCGCCCUCGGAAACAUCUUGAUGUUCAUCUCGGGCUUGUCGUCAAUCCACCCACUCGAAUCUUCCAACUGGAAUGGGCAUGCCAUCAUAUGUAUGUGCUUUGGGCGUGUGAUAAUGGGCUUGGGAGUAGGCGGCAUCGAUGCAGUGAUACCUGUCUAUUCCAGCGAGUUGUCCUCCGAUGGCGGCAGAGGGAAAGCUCUGGCACAGGAGUUUCAAAUGAAUAUCUUCGGGCUUCUUAUGGCUUAUUCGAUCAACCUCGGUAUCACAGCUGCUCUCGGGAAGGAAAACCAAUGGGCGUGGCGGGUUCCAAUCAUCGCUAUGCAGAUAUUCCCUGUGCUUCUUAUUGCAGUCAUAAGUAGACUUCCCGAAACACCAAGAUGGUUCAUGAGCAUGGAAAGAGAGAAAGAUGCAAAAUCAGCUCUCAAAGACAUUCACGGCGAUGAGGAUGGCAAGAGUAAGUUUGACGAACUACAAAAGGCGCAAGAAGAGGAGAGUGAUGCGAAAGUGGAGUACAAGGACAUGCUUCUUCCAGGCGGAUCACAAUUUCACCCUUCGAUGGUGACUGUAAUGGGUCAAGUUAAUCAAGCACUUACUGGUUAUGGCGCUGUAUCGGUUUACGGGCCUCAGAUCUUCGAGCUUCUAAGCUUCGAGACCCGAAAGGCAGAGUACCUGACUCUGGGAAACUACAUUUCGUACUUUUGCUUCAUGACCUUUGCUUGGCUCCUCAUCGACGUUGUUGGUCGUCGAAAGUUGAUGGUCUGGGGCUCUAUUGGUCUAUCCGUCUCUUUUCUGCUUCUCACGCUUUUCGGUGGACUUAACGAAGUCUCAGGCGUACCAGAUCUUGCGAUAGAAAUCCCUGGAAGUAUUAUACUCUUCGCUGCGACGGCAAUAUUUGGAAUCGGAUGGUUAGCUACCGUUUGGCUCAUUCCUACCGAAAUAUAUCCAUCUGCAGCGAGAGCACAAGGGUCUGCUAUCUCUGUGAUAGUUUGGGGGUUGGCUAAUUUCGCCGUUACCCUUUUGACCCCAAUCGGAUUCAACAACUUGAAGUAUUGGCUAUUCCUCGUUUUCGCUGCGACAAACACUUUCGCUGGCUGGUGGACAUGGAAAUAUUGUCCUGAGAGUGGCGGAAGGAGUUUUGAGGAGAACCAGGAAUUUUUUGAGAGUGCGGCAAAGGAAGGAAGCUGGGCUGUUCAAAAGGUUGAUGAUGGAAAGUUCAAAUCCAUGCCGAAAGGCGAUGAUGAAGAGGGCAAUGGCGAGAGAGCGCCUUUGUUGGGAAGGUGA